GAGCUCUCCUCGCUCACUCGUCGUCCGGCGCGCGCCCGAUACAGGAGUCAGUUCUCCUCUUCCUCUCGCAACCCGAUACACACACACACACCACCCAACACACAAUGGCUGGUCUUGCGGACCCUGUGGCUUUCGCCAAGGAUUUCAUAGCUGGCGGCGUCGCUGCUGCAAUUUCUAAGACUGCCGUCGCCCCAAUCGAACGCGUCAAAUUGCUGCUUCAGGUUCAGCACAUUUCCAAGCAGAUCGCCGAGGAUCAGCGUUACAAGGGUAUGGUCGAUUGCUUUGUGCGCAUCCCACGUGAACAAGGAUUCCUGAGUUACUGGCGUGGUAACUUCGCCAAUGUCAUCCGUUACUUCCCAACUCAGGCUUUGAACUUCGCUUUCAAGGAUAAGUACAAGCAGGUCUUCCUCGGUGGAGUCGACAAGAACACUCAAUUCUGGCGUUACUUUGCGGGAAAUUUAGCUUCUGGUGGUGCCGCUGGAGCGACGUCUCUUUGCUUCGUUUAUCCUCUUGACUUCGCAAGAACCAGGCUAGCUGCUGAUGUCGGUAAGGCCGGUGGUGGACGUGAAUUCUCCGGUCUUGGAAACUGCUUGACCAAGAUCUUCAAGGCUGAUGGAAUCGGUGGUCUCUACCGCGGUUUCGGAGUUUCUGUCCAGGGUAUCAUCAUUUACCGUGCUGCCUACUUCGGAUUCUAUGACACUGCUCGUGGAAUGUUGCCCGAUCCCAAGAAGACUCCGUUCCUCGUUUCGUGGGGUAUUGCACAGGUCGUCACCACUGUAGCUGGUAUUGUUUCGUAUCCCUUCGAUACCGUGCGUAGGCGCAUGAUGAUGCAGUCUGGUCGUGCCAAAUCUGAAAUUCUUUACAAGAGCACGCUGCACUGCUGGUCUACUAUCUACAAAUCUGAAGGUGGCAACGCCUUCUUCAAGGGCGCAUUCUCUAACGUUCUCCGUGGUACCGGUGGCGCUCUUGUUCUUGUUCUCUACGAUGAAAUCAAGAACCUUCUUUAAAGUAACAUACAAAACCCUCCACCAUCCACCACUAUCAACAGCGAUAAAAACAAGAAUAAAGACGACGGCCAUUACAACCAAGAACUAGCACCGACACCUCCUCCACCAGCAACACUGUCACUACCACCCACCACUACCAACCACUGUUUCCUCUCGGGAUAUAAUAUGGAAGAAGCGCCCAGCCCCUUCAUCGAACGGCCGGAGACGGACCGUCAACAAUUUCAUAAAUAACUCAGGCUCGAGUAACUGGUAGCGGCUUGUGAGAUGCAUGAAACUUGGCAGAACUUAUAUUCUGAAAUAGAGAAUAGAAACCGCUUAACUUAUUGCCAAAUUCAGUAUUUUCUUGUGGCGGCGGCUCGUUGUGCUAUAUUCUUCUUUCUUAUGUUCGUUAAGAGAGGCGUAGGUAUUUGUGAAAUUGAUAGCUCUAUGAUGAACGCGAACCCAACGAUCGGGUUACUGGAACGUUGAACGUUCCAAGCGUGAGCGAGUGGACAACGGUCGAGACAUUGAAUGUCUCAAAACGUCAACCUAGUGUAAAAUUCACCAUCGACAGAAACACUACCACUACUACUAUUACAACCUCUUCCACUUCCACUAUCACGACCAUCCACCACUACCAUGAUCACCGUCACUGUCAUCUACCGACGUAGGUCGGUGGAGCAGCGAGAGGGACGCGCGGCGAAAAAUCACGGCGAUGGCGGGGCGCGUAGACUUGGGCCGCCCCCGCCCUUAACCUCGGCCCAUUGUAGAUAAUUAAUAACUCGUAAUGAUAAUUAAUGGAACCGAUCAUUUAAUAUCAGUAAUGAUCCACUGUUUAAGGGGAUGAUUAUUUAAUUUCGCACUCCAGACGACCGUGUAAGAUAAAGAAAAACGUUACUUCGUAUGUGUGCAUCUAAUCUGUUCAUGUUAGGAUGUAUGCAGAAGACAACAAAAUAAAACCGAAAGUAAAAUUGAA